AUGGCGGCCGCCGUCAGCCUGAUGCCUAGCCCGGUGGGCGCGCAGUCGACCGGCGCUGAGGAGAGACAGGAUCUCCCUCGCCCCUACAAGUGCCCUCUUUGCGACCGAGCCUUCCACCGCUUGGAGCAUCAAACCAGGCACAUUCGCACACACACAGGAGAAAAGCCCCAUGCCUGCCAGUUCCCAGGCUGCAGUAAGCGCUUCAGUCGCUCUGACGAGUUGACUCGGCAUUCGCGCAUUCACAACAACCCCAACUCUCGUCGCAACCAAAAGACUCAUCAAGUGGCCGCCGCCGCCGCCCUCGCGGGCCUUCAAGAUGGAUCCAACCCGAACUUGACCUCUCAGGCCCAGAUGAUGCCACCACCGAACAAGAACGGGCUGCCCAGCCGGUCUGCUCCUACUUCUGGUGCCGCGUCCCCCAAUGUGUCGCCGCCUCACUCGUUCGCUGUGCACGCAACCCAUAGCCCUCACGUGCCGACGCACCUGGGGCCCUUUGGACGAAGUGACGACCGGAAUGCGAUGGACAUCAACCUGCUGGCCACGGCGGCCUCGCAGGUCGAGAGGGACGAACAUGUCUCGCGAGUGCCCUACCAGCAUCAGCACCAUCUUUUCAGCCAUCGCACCCACCACAGUAACGGCCGGCUGCCGUCUCUCUCGGCCUACGCCAUUUCUCACUCCAUGUCCAGGUCUCACUCGCAAGAGACGCACGAUGACGACCACCGGGUGAAGAAGUCGAGACCCAAUUCGCCGCACUCGACCGCUCCGUCGUCCCCGACCUUCUCUCACGCAUCGAUAUCGCCCACGCCGGACCACACGCCUCUCGCGACGCCGGGCCAUUCCCCACGCCUUCGCCCGCACGGCAGCGACCUUCAGCUGCCCGGUCUCCGUCAUCUCUCCCUCGGUCAUACCCCUCUUCUGGCCCCGAUGGAACCCCAGGCAGAUGGGUCGUACUCGCACAUUCCGGCGCCUCAACAUUCGGGCCCGUCCAUCGCCGACAUUGUCACGGGAACGCAACGCAAACUGCCGGUGCCGCAACUCCCGAAACUCGGGGUGUCUGAGAUGCUGGGCAUCCCAACGGGCAUGAGCUCUGGCGAAUCCAGUACGGCGGCGUCCAUCAACGGCGAUUAUGGCCGGUGA